GGCGUGGCUCAGACUCAGCUUGCCACCCACGUACCGGAGCACCAUGUACCGCGCACUCCGACUCCUUGCACGAUCGCGUUGCCUCCUGCGGGCCCCGUCCGCCGGUGCUGCCAUCUCCGGGGAAGCAGGCACCCUCCUGCGGUGUGCCCCGAACGUCGCCCGAAUGGCAAGCCAAAAUUCCUUCCGUAUAGAGUAUGACACCUUUGGUGAACUGAAGGUCCCAACUGAUAAGUAUUAUGGUGCCCAGACUGUGAGAUCUACAAUGAACUUUAAGAUUGGAGGUGCAACAGAACGGAUGCCGAUCCCAGUCAUUAAAGCUUUUGGCAUCCUGAAGCGAGCUGCUGCUGAAGUGAACCAGGAUUAUGGUCUCGAUCCAAAGAUUGCUAGUGCAAUAAUGAAGGCAGCAGAUGAGGUAGCUGAAGGUAAACUGAAUGACCACUUUCCUCUGGUGGUGUGGCAGACUGGAUCAGGAACCCAGACAAACAUGAAUGUAAAUGAAGUCAUUAGCAACAGAGCAAUUGAAAUGUUAGGAGGUGAACUUGGCAGCAAGAAGCCUGUGCACCCCAACGAUCAUGUUAAUAAGAGCCAGAGCUCGAAUGACACCUUUCCCACAGCAAUGCACAUAGCCGCUGCGGUGGAAGUUCACGAGGUCCUGCUACCAGGACUGCAGAAGCUGCAUGAUGCGCUCAGUGCGAAAUCCAAAGAGUUUGCGCAGGUCAUCAAAAUUGGGCGGACUCACACGCAGGACGCUGUCCCCCUCACUCUUGGGCAGGAAUUCAGUGGUUAUGUUCAACAAGUCCAGUAUGCGAUAGCAAGAAUAAAAGCCGCCAUGCCAAGAAUCUAUGAACUCGCUGCUGGAGGCACUGCUGUCGGCACGGGUUUAAACACCAGGAUUGGCUUCGCAGAAAAGGUGGCUGCAAAAGUGGCUGCGCUCACAG